AUGUACACUCUCUGGGCUGCUGCCUUGGUGGCUGCUUUGCCCGUCUCCAGGGCCCAGUUUGUGUCUCCACCCACGGAUCUCAUUCCCACCAAGGGAUAUCUUGACAUCCCCGUCCGCUACAAACAGGUCCCCACCGGUAUUUGCGAGACCGAUCCCAGCGUCAAGAGCCCUGGCUCCUCCUCUAUGAUCGGCUUGUUCCAAGAGCACGGCCCAUGCGGCAUUGACGCCAAUGGCUCCGUCUACAACAACCCGUACUCUUGGAACAACGCCAGCAACAUGCUCUACAUUGACCAGCCCGUGCAGACUGGCUUCUCCUACAGCAUUCCGGUCCCCGGCUACGUGGAUUCCUCCACGGACAAUGUCAUUGCCCUGCCCUCCCCUGUCUGCCCAGACUAUGCGGCAGACAUGUCCUGUGGCACCUACGCCUACCCGAACGUGAGCCUUACGGCUAAUUCCACCGACAACGCUGCCCCCAACUUCUACCGCGCCCUGCAGGGUUUCAUGGGCGCAUUUCCCCAGUACUCGCGCGAGACCUUCCAUUUCACCACUGAGAGUUAUGGCGGUCACUACGGUCCCGUUUUCAAUGAGUACAUCGAGGAGCAGAACGCCCAUCUCCAGCCGGGUGCCAAGAAGAUCCAACUGGGCAGUGUGAUGAUCGGCAAUGGCUGGUAUGACCCAAUCAUUCAAUACCAGGCCUACUACAACUUUACGGUAUAUCCGGGUAACACAUACGACUACCUGCCAUUCAACAAAUCCAUCAGCUCGCUGAUGUACAACAACCUCUACGGCCCCGGAAACUGCCUCGACCAGCUUUACGACUGCGCCGCCCGAGGUAUUGACGAGGUCUGUAGUACGGCCGACAACUUUUGUGCCAACGAGGUCGAGGAGAUCUACGACAUCUACUCCGGUCGGGAUGAGUACGACUUCCGCGAACUCACUCCGGACCCGUUCCCUUACGAGUUCUACGUCGACUACUUGAACAAGGCAUCCGUGCAGGCUGCCAUCGGCGCAUACAUCAACUACACGGAGAGCAACAACGCUGUCGGACUCGCCUUUUCGUCCACCGGUGACGACGGGCGACUCAUGAACACCAUCCAAGAUGUGGGCAAGCUGCUCAAGCAGGGCGUCACGGUGGUCAUGUAUGCCGGGGAUGCCGACUUCAACUGCAACUGGCUGGGCGGGGAAGCCGUGUCACUGCAGGUCAAGGCCGCCAACUUCAGCAGCGCGGGUUACACCAACAUUGUCACCUCGGAUGGAGUGACGCAUGGCCAGGUGCGCCAGGCAGGGCAGUUUGCCUUUGUGCGGGUGUAUGAGAGUGGCCAUGAAGUUCCCUUCUACCAGCCCUUGCUUGCGCUGGAGAUGUUUGAGCGCGUCAUUGGCGGCAAGGAUGUGGCAACAGGGAAGAUUCCCGUGACGCCGAGUCUGCAGACGGUGGGCACCCUCAAGAGUACCUACCGCGAGGGCAACGGCACGAUUCAGUGGGAGGUGUUGGACUCACUGGCGACGUACAACACGACCACUAAUGCUCCGAACCCAGUGAGCCGGAAGCUGAAGCGGAUGGGACCGGCUUUGAGGUUUCAGAUGUAG